AUGGCUCCACCAUUCAUAAGGAGUUUUGAAACCAAAGAUAAAGAUGAGAUGGUGGUGAUUUUCAACGAAACAGCAGACCCAGUCCUAGCCUCCAAAGGCGAAGAAGCUCUUCGAAUAGGCGCUCACACAUACUGCAUCCCCUACUUCAUCCUGCAACCCGAAAACUGUUUCGUAGUCGACGACGGGAAUGGCCGUGCUGUGGGCUACAUAAUCGGCACGCCAGACAACCGCAACUUCGUGAAGCAGUGGAGAGAGAAAUACAUCCCUCUGCUUCAAGACCAAGGGAUUUCGAAGCCAGAUUUGAAUGAUUCCGAUCCAUUGAGUGAGAUGCGAUUGAAUGCGCAUUCACCAGAGGAGAAAUUGUUGGAGCCGCCUGUGCGGGAGCUUUUGAAGGAGUUUCUUGGCCAUUUGCAUAUCGAUAUCCGACCUGAGUGGCAACGGCAGAGGCUGGGUGUGCAGUUGAUGGAUGCGUUUCUGAAUCAUGUCAAGCAGCAAGGGUGUUUCCUCACGUAUUAG